AUGAUGAAGCUGGCUAUCUUCUAUCUCUUACCUUGCGCCGCGUGGACAUUUGUUUCAAAGUCACCUUCUUUGCGCAAUGCUCCUGCUUUUACUCUUUCAAGGAACAACGACGAGAACCAUCCUGCUCCAUCCACCAGCAUUUUUUCGGCGCUCGAUCCUUCAGUUGGUACGGACGGUGACCUCAUUGCUAGUGAGAAGGCAAAUGACGACGCCUUUCUCACUGCUUUCUUUGUCUCAGAGUGCGACAAUACCAACAUGCCUCCCACCCUAAAAAAGAUUCUUCAAAGCAUUGACGACCUCGCUUCGGGGUCGGACGUGAGAGGACGGUUCAUUGACCAUCCUCGUCUCGGGAAUCUUAGAGAGGUGACCAAAGCGGUUGCUCAAGAUAACUCCAAUCUUCCAGCAUUGACUCCUUUUGCUACUCAUUGUCUUGGAUAUGCCUUUGCAACCAUGCUCAAAAAGCAAGGGUUUACUGGACGACGAGGCGAUGAUGCCGUCGUAUGUAUUGGACGGGAUCCCAGGUCACACGGUUCCAGACUGGCAGAUGCCUUUGGACGAGGAGUUGAGGACGUCAAUGGUGUACGAGUGGUUUAUACAGGAAUUGCUACGACGCCCUCCCUUUUUUCAUUUUGUCGGUAA